AUGCAGCUGGUAGGGGUUUCAGAAGAGGCGAUUGAGAGGUUUUGGGGGAAUCAAAGGUUAGAGUUUUGUUGUGUUGAUGCAGUCGAAAAAUCAGGGGGCCUCGUGUCUGUAUGGAACCCGGAUGUGUUCAAUAAUAUUUCGGUAAUUGUUCGAAAAAGACAUUUUUCGAUUGUUACGGGUUAUCUUAAAGGUAUGUCUUGUCCUCUAAAUGUCUUUAAUAUCCAUGCGCCCAACGAUUCUGGUAAGAGAAAGGAUUUAUGGGCAGAGCUUUUGGAUUGGAGGAAUAAGGUUGAGGGAUGGUGUAUUCUUUUAGGGGACUUUAAUGAGGUGCAGAGCGAAGAGGAGAGAUGCAAUUCUAAUUUUGAUGAUCUUGCUGCAUUCCGGUUCAAUUGUUUCAUUGAAGGGGCAGGUUUAAUUGAAUAUAAUCAAGUGGGGAGGAGGUUUACUCGUAUUUCUGAUGACGGUGUUAAAUUGAGUAAGCUUGAUCGUAUACUUGUUUGUGAUAGUUUUAUGGAAGCUUGGCCGGAAGCUACUUUUAAGGUUCACUCAAAGGAGUUGUCGGACCAUAGUCUGUUGAUCCUAUUGUGUAGUAAUGUGGAUUUUGGUCCAAUCCCUUUUAAAUUUUUUAAUUCAUGGUUAGAAAAGGAGGGCCUAGGGGAAAUUGUUAAAAAUGUUUGUGAGGAGAAGGUGGAUAUUCAGCAGGGAGACAAAGCCUUGGUUGAUUUGUUUAAACGUUUAAAAGUGGCGCUGAAAAAAUGGCGAGAUAAUUGGAAAGGUGAGGAGGAUAGGAAUAGAGUGGAUAUUAUUAAGAUGUUGGAUGAUUUGGAAUCUGUAGCUGAGCGUAAAAGACUAAAUUCAGAGGAGAAAAAACAGAGAAUUAAUCUGAAGUUGGCUUUAAGAAAUAUGGAAAAACAAAAAUGUAAGGAUCUGAAACAAAAGGUUAGAUUAAAUUGGGUGAAGAAUGGAGAUGAAAACUCAAAGUUUUUUCAUAAAUAUAUUAUCCUUCAGAAGGCGUCAAAGAGGUUGAAUGAAAUUAAUAUUAAUGGGGUUGUGAAUAGUGAUCCCUUGUGUAUGAAGAAAGAAAUUAUGAAAGCUUUUAAGAAGAAAUUUGGUGAGCCAAUGAAAAAAAGACCAACCUUGAUGUUUAAUGAUUUUCAUAAGAUUUCUUUGACGCAAUCAAGGAAAUUAACGACUCGAUUUUUCGGUGGAGGAGAUUAA